GAAGUUUGAUUCCCUUGGCGGGCGGAAGCGGCUUAAACGCGACCUGCGAGAAGAAUCCUGAGGGACUCCUUUCCUACACCGCGGCGCCUGGGACGGCUGGGAGGCUCGUGUGUCCUUCUGUCCGGCUCUUCCCCGCCCGGCCCCCUGCCCCUCAGGUUUUUUUUUUAAAUUUUGCAUAACUUCCAGGUAGACUAUGAAAGAUUACGAUGAACUACUUAAACACUAUGAAUUGUAUGAAACCAUUGGGACAGGUGGCUUUGCGAAGGUCAAACUUGCCUGCCACAUCCUUACUGGAGAAAUGGUAGCUAUAAAAAUCAUGGAUAAAAAUGCACUAGGGAGUGAUUUGCCCCGGGUCAAAACAGAGAUCGAUGCCUUGAAGAACCUGAGACAUCAACAUAUAUGUCAACUCUACCACGUGCUAGAGACUGCCAACAAAAUAUUCAUGGUCCUUGAGUACUGCCCUGGAGGGGAGCUGUUUGACUACAUCAUUUCCCAGGAUCGCCUGUCAGAGGAGGAGGCCCGAGUUGUCUUCCGCCAGAUACUGUCGGCAGUCGCCUAUGUGCACAGCCAGGGCUAUGCUCACAGAGACCUCAAACCGGAAAAUUUAUUAUUUGAUGAAUAUCAUAGAUUAAAGCUGAUUGACUUCGGUCUCUGUGCCAAACCCAAGGGUAAUAAGGAUUACCAUCUACAAACAUGCUGUGGGAGUCUUGCUUAUGCGGCACCUGAAUUAAUACAAGGCAAAUCAUAUCUUGGAUCAGAGGCAGAUGUUUGGAGCAUGGGCAUACUCUUAUACGUCCUUAUGUGUGGAUAUCUGCCAUUUGAUGAUGAUAAUGUCAUGGCUUUGUACAAAAAGAUUAUGAGGGGGAAAUAUGAGGUUCCUAAGUGGCUUUCUCCCAGUAGCAUUCUGCUUCUUCAACAAAUGCUACAGGUGGACCCAAAGAAACGGAUUUCUGUGAAAAAUCUAUUGAACCAUCCCUGGAUCAUGCAGGAUUACAACUGUCCUGUUGAGUGGCAAAGCAAGAAUCCUUUUAUUCACCUGGAUGAUGAUUGUGUCACAGAACUUUCUGUACAUCACAGAAACAACAGGCAAACGAUGGAGAAUUUAAUUUCGUUGUGGCAGUAUGAUCACCUCACAGCCACGUAUCUUCUGCUUUUAGCCAAGAAAGUUCGAGGAAAGCCAGUCCGUUUAAGACACCCUUCUUUUUCUUGUACAUAUGCCAGUACUACCCCAAAGUCAAAAAACUUGAGUCUGGAAGAUAUGAUUAUGAGUGAUGAACAUUGUGUGGCUGGAUUAGCUGACUGUGAAUGGUGUGAAGACGGUUCAUCAACAGGUGUGGCGACUCCUCAAACACCACAGUUUACCAAGCAUUGGACAGAAUCAAAUGGUCUGGAAUCUAAAUCAUUAACUCCAGUAUUAUGCAGAGAAUCUGCCAAUAAACUAAAGAACAAAGAGAAUGUAUGUACUCCUAAACCUGCUGCGAGGAAUGAGGAGUACUUUGCAUAUCCAGAGCCAAAGACUCCAGUUAGUAAGAGCCAGCAUAAAAGGGAAAUCCUCACUACACCAAAUCAUUACUCUGCAUCCUCAAAAGUAGCUAGAAAUCAGUGCCUGAAGGGAACUCCAGUGAAAACACCAGCAAAUGCAGCAGGAGCAGACAAGUUAACAACAGGUGUCAUUAGCCCUGAGAGGCGGUGCCGUUCAGUGGAACUGGAUCUGCACCAAGCACAUAUGGAGGAUACUCCAAGAAGAAAAGGAACCAAAGUGUUCGGGAGUCUUGAAAGAGGAUUGGACAAGGUGAUUACUGUGCUUACCCGGAGCAAAAGGAAGGGCUCUACCAAAGAUGGUCCAAGAAGGCUGAAGCCUCACUAUAAUGUGACGACGACCAGAUUAGUGAAUCCAGACCAACUCCUGAGUGAAAUCAUGGCUGUUCUUCCAAAGAAGCAUGUUGACUUUGUACAGAAGGGCUACACACUGAAAUGUCAAACCCAGUCGGACUUUGGCAAAGUGACAAUGCAGUUUGAACUAGAAGUAUGCCAGCUUCAAAAGCCCGACGUGGUGGGUAUCCGGAGGCAGCGUCUUAAGGGAGAUGCCUGGGUUUACAAGAGAUUAGUAGAAGAUAUACUUUCUAGUUGCAAGGUGUAAUUGAUGGAUGGCUUCCAUCCUGCCAGAGGAGUGUGGAAGCGGUACAGUGGCUACAUGGAGAUCCGAGUGAUUGUUUGAUUUUAAAGUUCAUGGCAACUACAAACUCGUUUCUGAAGAGCUAUUUUAAAGACCAUUAUUUUUUUACUUUUAAACAAAAGAUAGCAUUUUGUGGCUGAGUCUAAGGCAACCCCAUCUGUCAUUAUCUGUUACUGUCUUUUCUAAUCAUGGACUUCGUAUAUUAAUAACUGCUGACUUUCCUAGAUUCUCUUCCGUAUGUGAAUGUAAGCUCCUAACUGUUUCUUUUAACAUACAAUUUCUUUCUGAAAUAAAGCCAUUUGUGAAUAUA